AUGGGAACUUCUCAUCGUGAAGAAGACACAUUGAGCGUUCUUUAUGAAGCAUCUCGCAGAGGGUCUUUAUCAACUUUGAACUCAAUCUUGCAAAAAGAACCAUUAAUCCUCCACAAGAUCUCACAAAGUGGCUUCACCGAAACUCCUUUACACAUAUCAGCUUUGCUUGGCCACCUUGAAUUCACCAAGGCGCUUCUCACAUACAAACCCAAACUAGCCAUUGAGGUUGAUUCUUCCAAGAACACACCCCUCCACUUGGCUUCUGCAGAAGGUCACAUCGACAUCGUGAAGGAACUUCUUAAAGUUAAUAACAAGCCAUGCUUGUUUCCUAAUGAAGAGGGCAAAAUUCCUUUGCACUGUGCAGUUAUCAGAGGGAGAAUAGAGGUUGUGAAAGAGUUGGUAAAAGCUAAGCCUGAGUCUCUGAGCUUUCUUGAUGACGGAAACACUGUAUUUCACUUGUGUGUAAUACACAAUCGUUUGGAGACUCUUAAAGGUUUGGUGGAAUUGGAACUUGCCAUUUCUGGGAAGCUUCUUUACUUCACAAGUUCUGAUGGAGUGGGGAACACCGUUCUCCAUUUAGCUGUCACGUCCAAGCAAGUUGAGACUAUAAGGUACCUCCUAUCAAUUCCUGAAGUAACAGAAAUGGCAAGUUUGGAGAACGACAUGGGUCUCACUGCCUAUGAAAUCCUUAAACGCAGCCCGAAAUAUUUCAAAACCCUAGAAAUUCAAGUCAUGCUGAUGGAAUAUUCUGGAACCAGAGAUGAUGAAAAGAACAGAAUCCACACUCCUUCUCACACGUCACCGCCAGUUGCAAGACCUCGAAUUCGAAAGAAGAAGAAGAAGAAGAGAAACUGUUUGAUAAGGCUUUUGAAAUGGAUUGGAGGUUGGUUCAAACACAAGGGGGACUGGGUAGAAGAAAUGAGGGGAAAUCUGAGUUUAGUGUCUACCGUUAUAGCCACCAUAACAUUUCAAUCAUUAGUUAACCCACCUGGUGGCUUCAUCCAACAAGGUUUAUCUCAAAGCUCAUCCAAUAUUGAAGCCCUAAACUGCACUAUCCUGUCUAACAACAAGUCCUAUUGGGUUUCUCUUAGGAUUAUAAUUCAUGUUAUAUGA